AUGGAUCAAGAGGCACGACUCAACCUCCGAAUGCAAAGGGAGCUUAAGCUCUUUCUUACCGACCCACCUCCCAGCGCCUCCUUUCCUUCUCUUACUUCUUCUUCCUCUCUUUCCUCCAUUCAUGCUCUAAUUGAAGGCCCCAAAGGAACUGUCUAUGCUAAAGGUCUUUUUAAACUCAAAAUUUCAGAUACUAUCAGGUACCCCUUUCAGCCCCCCAUAGUCACUUUCGUAAUGCCCAUUUAUCAUCCAAAUAUUGAUAAUGGUGGUCGUAUUUGCUUGGAUAUUCUCAAUAUUCCUCCAAAGGGAGCAUGGCAGCCAUCUUUGAACAUUUCAACUGUCUUAACGAGUUUAGGUUUGUUACUAGGUGAACCAAAUCCUGAAGACGGGUUAAUGCAUGAUGCGAACACGGAGUACAAAUACAAUAGACAAGCAUUUGCCCACAAGGCAUCUUCAAUACAAAAGUACGCCACGGCUGGAGCAAGUGAUUUUGGUGGUCAUGACCAAGAAAUCCGAACUUUUAUAAAUGCAAGAGGCGGAAUUGUUGAAGUCAAAGAAUUAAGUUUACUAAAAUCUGAGGUCCCUGAUCAUUUUGUAAACCAGAAGGAAGUAUGUGGACUCAGCAAAAAGUUGUUGCUUGACUCUGCCGGACGCGCACUAAGACACAAUGUUGAGACUGUGAGUGAAGUGCGUAUUGAUCACAUCUUAAUUAUAAAAGUUAGCAAACAAGGAAUUAAAGAAUUUCCCAUCGAGUGUGACUUGAAUCAGGAAAUAGUACAACAGAGCACCAAGAAACUAUCUUCAGAAAUUGUGAGUCCAUCUAAAAUUAGAAAUGGUGUGAAGAGGGAUUAUGUGGCGGAAACUCAAUGUUCUAUCAGUUUGGAACCCCAAAGCAAUUUCCACGGGCUUGGGGCCUUAUGCUGUCAAAACUUUUCUUUUCCAGUAUCUUGGCCUAGUAUUUUAUGGCAUAUAUCAAAUAUCGGCCAAAAGAAAAUGGCAAAGGUACUUGGUAUGAUUAAGAAAUUGGAAAUAACUCGAAAUGAUAAUUGGUUGGGUUAUGUUUCGAGGGCAAUCUCCGGUUCGUGUUGGACUUGGGAUGCCCAUGGUUUGGGUCAUGUCAAGAUGAUCAUGCCUCCAAGAAGAUAUGAUGUCUAUGGAAACUCUUCUGACCUGAUUGAGGAUAAUAUAGAUGGAGCUCAUCCAACUUCUAGAGUCCAAACUUGGUCAAGGGUCACUGCAUCUAACUGUUCUCAUGGUGUUCCACCUAUCCCUAUUGAUCCUACUCCUCAGGGCGAUACUCAUACUCAGUCACCUCAAGGGGAGGCUACUAAUGUUGAGUUUCGCCACUCUAUUACCUUAUUGACUCAGUUGGUGGAGGAAGAGAAGAGGAAGCAGGAUAAGUUUAGUAAGAGGCAGGGGAAGAAAUUUAGGCCUUCUGAGAAAAGUGGUAGAUAUAGUGGUAAGUGGCUAAAGAAAAAAUUUUGUGGGCGGCCGCACUAUGGGCUCUGUGAGAAAGGGAAGAACAAAUAUUUACAUUAUGGUCAGAUUGGUUAUAUACAGCAUGACUAUCAUGGUAGAAUGACUUCUAGGGUUAACAAGGCUCUUGUUGCGUCUUUAUCUGCUCCUGCACUAAAGGGUGCCAUUUUUGCAUCUAUUUUUACUUCUGGUACUGGCACUGGCUGGAAUUUCUUAUAUGCUCUUGCAUCUCAUCAAGAUUUUAAGGCAUCUCCUGAUGUUGUUACUGGUAUAUUAAAACUAUUCUCCCAUGAUGUGAAUUGUUUACUUGCUCUAGGGUCUACUUUAUAUUAUGUGACCCCUUUUGUGGCUGUGCAUUUUGGUUUUGGUCUUGAGUUUUUUUCUGAUCCUUUGUUGUAUCUACCUUAA